AGAGCCCUCGUUUCCGGUUCAGCCCAGGAAGCUUUCGAGUGUAUCUGGCCUCCGCUUCCCUGGGCCGACCAUUUCUCCAACGUUUUUCCAGGUCUUUCGGUGGCUGGGAAAGGUAGUUGCCAAUAAAGUUUCCCCGUUUCAAAGUCUAGCAGAUUGGGCCGGGCGCAUCCUCUGUCCCCUUGCUCACUACCCGCAGUCUUUUAGGCUACAGGCAAGGAGUUUCAAGGCGUCAUGGCCAGGGGCCGGUCCGGCCCGGCCGGUCUGAGGUCAGCUUUCGUUGCCCGCGCGCUCUCACGGCUUUUGGUCCCCCCGGCGUCCGCCUCAGCGUGAGCGCAGUCCCUCCGCGCCCACGGGCUGCCUUGCGCUGGACCCCAUGGCCUCCGAGGCUCCGUCGCCUUCGUUGUCGCCGUCGUCACCUCCCUCCCCUGAACCUGAGCUGGCCCAGCUAAGGCGGAAGGUGGAGAAGUUGGAACGCGAGCUGCGGAGCUGCAAGCGGCAGGUGCGGGAGAUCGAGAAGCUGCUGCAUCACACGGAGCGGCUGUACCAGAGCGCAGAGAGCAACAACCAGGAGCUCCGCACCCAGGUAGAAGAGCUCAGUAAAAUACUCCAUUGUGGGAGAAAUGAAGACAAUAAGAAGUCUGAUGUAGAAGUUCAAACAGAGAACCACCCCUCUUGGGCAGUCUCAGAUUAUUAUUAUCAGACAUACUAUAAGGAUGUUAGUCUUCCAAAUAAAGUGGCUGAACUCUCAGUUCAGCAAGAUCAGGAUAUCGAAGCUUCUACUUUUAAUUCUGAAGACCAGUCACAAAUAGAAAAUGAUGCUUACACUGGUACUGCUAUAACAGAACAUGUUAAAUGUGCAGAAGAGGACCAUUUUGCCUCAAAUUCAGAUUCACAGGAGCCAGCAUCUGUAUUAGCAGCAGAAGAUACAUCCUUAGAAGGUUCUUCAUUAGCUGAAAGUUUGAGAGCUGCAGCAGAAGCUGCUGUGUCUCAGACUGGAUUUAGUUAUGAUGAGAACACUGGACUGUAUUUUGAUCACAGCACUGGUUUCUAUUAUGAUUCUGAAAAUCAACUAUAUUAUGAUCCUUCCACUGGGAUUUAUUACUACUGUGAUGUGGAAAGUGGUCGCUAUCAAUUUCAUUCUCGAGUUGAUUUGCAGCCUUAUCAAACAUGUGGCACAAAACAAAGUAAGGAUAAAAAAUUGAAGAAGAAAAGAAAGGAUCCAGAUUCUUCUGUAACAAAUGAGGAAAAGGAUUUGACUUCAGAAGAUCAAAAAACAUCCAGUGUUGAACAUAAAAGCUGCAGUGAGGGAGAAGAUUUUGCAAAUAUGAAAAAGAAGGCCAAAAUAGACAUUCAUUACAAAAAUAGUCCCCCCAAAUUUACUGUUCCAGUUAGCAGAAAGAUUACAGAAUCUUCUCUUAAUGAAAACAUUUAUAAUUCGACGUCAUUUAAAGAUGAGAAAGUCAUGGAGACUGAUAGUGAGCCAGAAGAAGGUGAAAUUACAGACUCUCAGACAGAGGACAGUUAUGAUGAAGACAUUACCAGUGAAGACAAUGUAACUGCAGAAGAUAGUGAGGACGAAGAUGAAGAAAAAAUUUGGCCCCCAUGUAUUAGAGUAAUUGUUAUUAGAUCACCAGUAUUGCAGACAGGAUCACUUUUUAUCAUUACAGCUGUAAACCCUGCUACAAUUGGAAGAGAAAAAGAUAUGGAGCAUACUCUCCGAAUCCCUGAAGUUGGUGUUAGUAAGCCUAAAACUAAAUGUGAUCCUUAUGUACUUGAGCAUGGUGAUGAAGUGAAAAUUGGAGAGACUGUACUGUCUUUUCACAUCCACCCUGGCAGUGAUACCUGUGACGGCUGUGAACCAGGACAGGUUCGAGCUCACCUUCGUCUUGAUAAGAAAGAUGAAUCUUUUGUUGGUCCAACGCUAAGUAAGGAGGAAAAAGAGUUGGAAAGGAGAAAAGAAUUAAAGAAAAUACGAGUAAAAUAUGGUUUGCAGAAUACAGACUAUGAAGAUGAAAAGGCAUUGAAGAAUCCAAAAUACAAAGAUAGAGCUGGGAAACGGAGGGAGCAGAUUGGAAGUGAAGGGACUUUCCAAAGAGAUGAUGCUCCUGCAUCUGUUCAUUCUGAAAUUACUGAUAGCAACAAAGGUCGGAAGAUGCUGGAGAAGAUGGGUUGGAAAAAAGGAGAGGGCCUAGGGAAGGAUGGUGGAGGAAUGAAAAUUCCGAUCCAGCUUCAGCUUCGGCGAACACAUGCAGGCUUGGGGACAGGCAAACCAUCCUCGAUUGAAGAUGUUCACCUUCUCCAAAACAAGAGCAAAAAGAACUGGGAGAAAGCACGAGAGAGGUUUGCUGAAAACUUCCCAGAAACUAAAUCUCAAAAAGAUGUGCCAGGAACCGUCCCUUGGGUCAAAGGAACCAUAGAGUGAAGGUUAGUCAUAGAACACAAUUCACACUUUUUUUAAAAAAGAGUUUGGAAACUCUUAUUUUAUUGCAGAACUUUUCCUUCCAAAAGAGUCCAUGGCAUGAGGGAACUGUAUCACAAUUUACCCCCUCAUGAUUCAGAAAUGUGUAAUAAACUGUGGUUUGCAGCUUUUAAAAAAAAGAUUUUUUAAAAAACUAAUAAAUAGUAAUUGAAUUAGGUUAUGCUGUGAGCAGACUAAAGUUCACAGGGCACGGCUGAGCUUAUCAAACUUUGUUAUUUUAUCUUGUCAUUUAUAAGACCCAUUUAUGCAAAAUUCAUAUAACCAGUAAUGAUUUAAAUGUACGUUUGUCCUUGUCUUCAUAUAUUCAUUAUUAUAAGAUAUACAACAAGAAAAACAUCAAAAGUUUAUAAAAACAAGUCUGAUUAUAUGCAUCCUUGUUUAUGUCCUUUAGAACUUAGAUAAAAAAUGUUGAGAACACAGGGAUAGUGGUGCAUAAAUUUUAUUCUUAAAAUAUUCUAAGUAAUAGUAUUGAAGAACUAAUGAACAGGUGAUAUGUUAUAGAAAACUAGUCUUUCAUUGUUUUCUUCUGUGAAGAAUUUGUUGAUUUGUACUAUAUAUUAAGCAUUUACAUUUGGUUUGUUUUAUAGCUGAAAUAUUUAGAUACGAGCAAUUGAGUACAGUAUUGAAAUAUUCCAUGUGCUGGUAUUUAUAGUUUUGAUAAAUCCCAUUGCUGGCAAUGGAGUUGUGCCAGAGAAAUCUGAUUUCUACUGCAAAAGGAUUACCUAGCUAAGGCCUCAAACACAAGAUAUUUAUUGAAAAUGUCUUCAAAUGCAAUAAAAACAUUAUAACAUCAAAAAGAGUGAUUCCUUGAACCAGUGUUUUAAACAGAUAGGUCUGCUUUGAACUCAGGACCAGCCAGAAUUUUCCUCUUUAAAUUGGCAGAGCAGGAACAACAGGAUAACUUGAAGUAUCGGAGAGAACUGCAGUGCAGCUCUUCGAGUGCAUGUCACUGCUCUGCCGGCUAUCACUGUUCUCUUCCUUUCUGUUCAACUUUUCUCUCAGCUUUUUGCUGGGAAAUUAUGCUGGAACUGGCUGUUUUCUGGCAGUGAAUAUAAGCUAUAGCUCCCUCAUCGACUGUAAAGAAAUGUCUUCAAGAUUUAGAAAUGGGAAAAGAAAAUUCUGAAAAAAAUUAUACAAUGGGGAAGAUAAUUCAGAAAGAAAGGCUACUUGAUGGAAUUUCUACUCUGAAUGGAACAGAGUACUUAAGAAGAAAAGGGGGUGGUGGGGAAAGAAAAAUAAAUAAAUUACUAAAGGUGAGACAUAUGACCAAACAAAUUGUCAAGACCCUCUAGGUCUAAGCUGGGACCAUCAGAGGUCCUAUAACUCCAAAUCUGCAAAAAGUAAUUUUCUGUGUCCUUCAUAGCCACCUACACACCCUGACACUUACAUAUGUACAUUAAACUUGAAGGCAACAGGAGUGUUCUGCAUUCUUUUUUCUAAAAUAGAAAAAAAUUACUCAUUUAAAUGUGGUUCUGGUACUGGUUCCCUGUAUAUAGGUGGCCCAAAUUAGAAUUGUGGUAGAUUUCACUCAGUAAAGUAUACAACUGUGUAUAUAAUAUUUCCCAUUUUUAUUAUUAGAUUGUGGAAGACUUUUUUCAUUGCUUUCUUUUGUUAAGAAAAUGGAGACUUGAAAAUGGUGAUAAAAACUGAAAUAUGUGUGAUAUUUGCGUUAUUAAAACCCUUUGCAGAUCUACAGUCUCAGGGCUAUACUAUUGGUGGUUAAAGGACUGAAUAAUGUCUGGGUCUAUUUCCAUUUGUGAAAUAAGAAUAAUAUUUAUCUUUCAUGUCUUUUGAAUAGAAAAUGAGAAGAUGUAUAUAAAAGUACUUUGUAAACUGUAAAAGUAGUAUGGAGAUGUGAGCUUCUAUUUGUUUAGAAGCAAAGAUGUGAAUUAUGUACAAUUUGGAUUACAUAUAAAAUUGUUUUGUGUCUCAUAUUUUAAAUUAUUUAUUCACACAGUAUAAAUUUAUUGUAGUAGUCUUUAAGGGUUUAUUUUUUUAUUUUUUUAAGAUUUUAUUUAUUUAUUUGAGAGAGAGACAGACAGAGCAUGAACAAAGUGGAGGAGGGAGAGGGAGAAGCAGAAUCCCUACUGAGCAGGGAGCCCGAUGUGGGGCUUGAUCCCAGGAUCCUGAGAUCAUGACCUGAGCUGAAGGCAGACGCUUAACCGACUGAGCCACCCAGGCGCCCCCCCACUUUUUUAAAAGAUUUUAUUUAUUUAUUU